AUGUCGCGCUUUCGCUCAGAUCCCGAUACCCAGAGUCUGGUCGCGAAGCGCGCCGCUGAAGUGGCGCAAUGGGGGGUUCACUGGGCGUCACCAGUCAUCAUGGUGUCCCUCUUCGUCAUGGGCGUCGCGGCGGCGAUAGGUCAUCAUCACUUCUACGCUUCUUUAGCCGGCCAGCCGGCGGUAGAUCAAGUGAAGAUGGGACGGUUCGGAGUCGCGUUUGCAUUCUUCGUCAAAGCGACCCUCGUCGGCUCCGUGGUGGUGAGCUAUCGGCAACGCAUCUGGCACACGUUCCGCUCCAAAGCUAUGACGGUGAGCGCCAUUGACGGCCUUUUCGCCGCCUGUGAAGACCCAACCGAGUUUCGAAAGUGGGAAAUGAUUAAGAACGCGAAGCUGGCAACUUUCAUGGCUCUCGCGACCUGGUUGAUUCCGUUGGCUGCCGUCUUGUCGCCGGCUUCAUUGACUUCCGAGAUUGCGAUUAAAAGAAACGAAACACUCUGCUCGUCGGUGCCAACGCUGAACUUUACUCGCGAGUCCUUUAACAACUUCCGAAAUACUAAAGAUUAUCCCGGCUACCAGUUGAUGUACUGGAACACCACAGACAUCAACGCCACUGCAGGCUACUUUGAUUACUACGACCAGCCAAGCAAGGCCGCCUCGAAGCUCUCCAUGUUGUCCGCCUAUACAAAGCGGCCGGUCAAUGUCGUCGAGACAGGUCAUCGAUCAUGCGAGGCAGGGUGGAAUUGCACGUACCCUCUCGAGUUCAAAGGCCCUGGUUACAAAUGCACAGAGGUCGCCAGUGGCCUCUAUCUCGAUCAUGACGAGUUGGAGUCAGCGACGGGGGUGCCCUUCAAUACUUCUGAGUUAGCGCCAAAGGGCCGUUUGAUCUACAUGGCAGAGGUGGAGCAAGGCGAGUACAUCCGGCCCCAAGUUCCGACGGGGAGCAACGGGCAGCCGCUCCAAAAGAAGCCGCCGUAUCCUCCUCACUUAGGAGUCUUCGAGACAGAGCCAGUAAUCUGGAUCGGCUACGCCAUCGACACAGGGGAAGCCUGGCCUGCCGACUCCCCCUACGCCGCCACCUGGUCAACCGUCCGCAUCCCCAAGAUCUUCAAAUGCGAGCACUACGAGACAGUGUACAAGGUGUCUCUGACCUCCGUCGACGGCAUCCAGUCCGGACACGUGACCUCCCGGACCUUCCUGCACCCCAUCAUCGACACGACCUGGCACCGCGGCCCCAACGGCAGCGGCACCGCCCACCCGACCACAAACUUCGUAAGACCUAACACCGACGUCUACCGCUACAAGCUCGUCGCCGCAUAUCAUGCUCUGGGCCGGCUACUGCGCAACUUUCUCGCCGGGACCAUCACAGACGAAGGCGUGUAUAAGCUCACGCGCUCCGCGAUCUCGGACACGCGGCUUAUUGACCAGCGCAUCAGCUAUCCCGUGCCGGACCUGAUGGCGCAAAUCCAGAGCGUGUACGAAGACAUGAUCCUCACGCUGCUGAGCGAGCCACACCUCAUCAUCGCGGAUAAUGUCUCUGUGCCUUGCACCAAGGAGCGCGCGGUGAAUGUGUAUAAAUACUACCCCGGGGGCCUGUGGGUCGGGUAUGCGGCGGUGGUUUUUGUGGCGGGCGUGUUUUUGGUGGUCGGGGGUAUGAGUAUGUACUCGAAUGGGGUGGCGUCGGACACGCUGUUUAGCCGCAUCAUGGUCACGACCCGGAACCCGACGAUCGACCAUUUGAGCGUUGGCGCGUGCCUCGGCUCGGAUCCGUUCCCGGAGGAGCUGAGGAGGACGAAGCUUAGGUUUGGCGUGCUGCUGGAGGAGGCUGACGAGGCUGAGGUUUAUGGUGGCGGUGGGCUGGGAAUCGGCAAGAUCGAGCAUGUGAGCUUUGGGACGGUGGGGGAGACUAAGAAGAUCGUCAAGUUUGGACGUUACGCCGGUUUGAGGGAAUGGAGGCAGCAAGAUACGAGCGAGGAUGAAGCACGAAGAAGUCUUCUUGACGCUGACGACGAUUGCAACAGUGCGGGAUGA